AUGGAGUCCAAGACUCCCUUGUCCCAUUUAAUCGCGCUUUUGCGGGAAAAAAAGCUAGAUGCCCUUAUAGUCGAUCACGAUGAUCCACACGCAUCAGAAAUUCCACAUGAAACUUAUGAUCGCUUGUCUUUCAUAUCUGGAUUCACAGGAAGUUCUGGUUGUGCACUUAUAACCACCUCUAAAUCCUACUUAUGGACAGAUUCUAGAUAUUUCAUUCAAGCUGAGAAGGAAUUAUCUUCGCCUUGGAUUCUGAUGAAACUUCGUGAAAAGGGUGUUCCAUUGAUCCACGAUUUUAUACUUCAAAAUCCUGAUCUUAAAAAAAUCGGAUUCGAUUUGUAUACAACCAGCUAUAACACACAUAAAUUCUGGAAAGAGAAACUCCAUGAUAGAGAACUUGUUGGCUUAACUGCGAAUCCAAUAGACGAGAUAUGGUCCGAUAAAAGACCACAAUUUCCAUUACAUUCUGUAAAAGUCCAUGAACUGAGAUAUUCUGGUCUUUCUGUCACGGAUAAAAUGCUGAAAUUUCGCGAAGAAAUGCUCAAAAGGGGUUCGGAUGCUAUAGUUCUUACUUUGUUAGAUGAAAUCGCGUAUGCUCUUAAUCUUCGUGGUUCUGACUCUGACGUUUCACCUUUCUUUUAUUCAUAUCUCGUGAUUGAAAAGGAAGCUAUAACUCUAUUCAUCGAGUCCAAAAAGGUGGAUGAUCUUAUAAUUAAGUAUCUAAAUAGCCAUAAAGUUUCUGUCAGGGGCUACAACGAGAUAUUUAAAUAUCUGGAAAAUUUGGGUGUUACAAGUGAUACUGAUACUACUACGACUUAUAAGAUCUGGGUUUCCCCAUCUGUUUCUGUCUAUAUUUGUAACUCGUUUCUUCAAAGUAACUCUGAAGUACUAAAAAGAGAACUUAUCGUUGAAAACACACCAAUUUGUAACAUCAAGGUCGAUCGACCAAUUAAUAUUUUAAUAAUCAUACAGGCUAGGAAGAAUGACACAGAAUUACAAGGAAUGGCUGAAGCCCAUAUCCUAGACGGAAUAGCAUUAGCAAGAUUUUUUGGUGAUGUAUUGAACAAAAAAGAAGAUGGAACACUAUUCAAGGAAACAGAAUUUACCUUGGGUGAAUUGAGUACAAGAUAUCGUUUAGAUGAGGAUGAAUGUGUAGGGUAUUCAUUUCCACCAAUAUCAGCUAUAGGCUCAAAUGGUGCUAUAGUUCACUACAGACCAGACAAAGAAAAUAGCUCUUUAAUUGAGCCUAAGAUGUAUUUGCUUGAUUCCGGUGGUCAAUUUUAUGGAGGAACUACUGAUGUCACACGAACAGUCCAUUUUGGUGAUCCAACCCCCGAAGAAAAAGAAGCUUACACAUUGGUAUUAAAGGGGCACCUAGCCUUGAGACAAGCAAUCUUCCCGGAAAAUACGUCCGGUUUGUCUUUGGAUGUAUUGGCGAGACAGUACCUCUGGAAAACCGGCAGGAACUACUAUCAUGGAACUGGACACGGUGUUGGUGCAUUUCUCAACGUUCAUGAAGGGCCUGCGAGUAUAUCUACACUCUCAAAAACAGCAACUGGACGUCUUAGUGUUGUCUAUCUUGAAGAAGGGAUGGUUCUAUCAAAUGAACCAGGUUAUUACAAAGAAGGAGAGUUCGGUAUACGCAUCGAAAAUGUCGUUUAUGUAAAGCCUCUCGGUGAUGAUUUCUCUGAAGAUAGCAGAAAAUACUUUACAUUUGAUGAUUUUACUCUAGUGCCGUACUGCAAAGAGCUGUUAGAUCAUUCAAUUCUGACAAAAGAGGAAAAGGAAUGGAUAAACGAAUACCACAAGAGAAUAGCGGACACGCUCAUUCCGCGUAUGUUGGAAAGAUCAUCUCAUGAAUAUGAGAGUGCGAUAGAAUACAUUAAAAAAUCUGCAGAACCAAUUUAA